AUGGAGCUGAAAAGAUGGUAUUCCAGCGGUAUUGGCGAGUCAAUGGAAAAUCCUCCCUCCACAAUUUCUUUUUCCCAUAUUUCCACCACUACCCCAAUUACACGCCCCGUCUCGCCCCUCCCGCCGUUUAUGUCUUGUAGUGUCCUGCCUCCACGUGUGGAUCUGAAUGCUUGGUCUCGUCGCGAAGGCCCUUCCACGGCUACUCUGUCGUCGAAGUUCGGGUGUUCUUUGACAUCAGCAACAAAGGGCCGCCUUGAGCAUGUGUAUGUGAGGUUGAAGUGUUGCUUCUCCAUGGUUGCAGCGAUGAAGCAGGUGUUUUGCAGGCGCUGGAGGUCUGUGAUUACUUGCAACUUUACAAGCAAGCAGGCAGGCAGGCAGUGGCCUCUUGUUGGUGUACAUGGUAAAGUAGUCGGAGGAGGUGGAGCGAAGCUGGGGUACAGGGAGGCGGCCUCUGAGGAGAAAACAUGA